AUGGGAGACGCCUCUGCUUCCUACAUCCGCAUGGUGAUUCUAGAGAGAGAGAGAGAGAGAAAGUUUGAGUGGUCUUUCCCAUACGCUGGCUGAUAUGGUUCUGGGUGUUUGGUUUCCAGGUGCAACACUUGAUCGAGAAGUGCCUCGUCUUCCGCAUGAACAGGGAGGAGAGCGUUGAAGCGCUUUCCAAGUACGCCGGCAUCAAGCCCGUCAUCACUUCCACCGGUGCGCCGCCGCUCCCUCUCUCUGUCUCUGUUUCUGUUCUGAGACUGCGAUUCCGGUCCAGUUUGGAAGGAGCUGGAGAAGGAGAACAGGGAGUUCUUCGAGGCCUACGAGCGUCAAAUGGAGGACCGACCUUCCCGAGAGGAGCCUCCCCACAAGAUCCAGGCUGUGCUCUCAGACUUCGCCUCCAAAGCUUCCGACGACUGA